ACGCUCACAUUCUUUCUUUCUACGUUGAACCUUUUGAUUGAAAGCCUUUUUGAACGUUUCUCAAAAAGUCAUCAAGGCUUCAAAUUGCGUUAUUCACUGUACCUGUGAUUUCAUCGUGAGUUCCUGCCCUACAGCAGGAAAUUCUCGAGGCUUUCUCUAAACCAUACGGGGCAUUUAGCCUAACUUAUCUGCUAGACCUCCACUUCGCCACGGAAAUCAAUAUGUCGCUAUUAUCUGCCAGAACGUUCAAAGUAGAGCUUGCUAGUGAGAGCUUGGAAACAAUAAAUCGUGCCGCUCGGCGCGUUAUCGUCAAUGCCGACUUGCUCAAGUCCGCCAAAAUAUGCUCAGGUGACGUCGUAGCCUUAUCGAAAGCAGGUUCCCCCCAGGAUCGGGGAAAGGUAUUUGCUGUAGGCAUUGCCUGGCCGUCUCUGGAUGUCUCUCAAGACACCGUUCUUGUUUCAUCUCCUCAUCUUCUCACUGCGCGCCUCGCUCAAGGCGAGAGAGUUCAACUCUUCCAGCUGAAUACUGCUAAGUCGUUGCCGGGUCUUCCCUCCCUCCGCCAGGCACAAGAAGCCCGGACCGUCCAUCUAAAAGAAUUAUCAAGAACAGAUGAACGACUGGACCGUUCUGGUGCAAGCAGUUCUGCACAUUCAGACAAAGGGAAACGCCGCGACUGGCUGCCGCUUCUGAUAAGGGAAGCCUUAGUGAACCUCAAAUAUCUUUCGCCCACGCAAACCCUCGACGUAGUCUAUGAGGGACAAUGCCGCCGCUUCUCCCUAGCGUCUGUGUCCACAAUGAAGGGCACAGUACCAGUUGAAUUGGAUGAUCUGACUAAUGGGUUGUCCAAACUCUCUCUCCAAACUACUCCGCAAUUAUGGACUGUUGGAUGGGAUACUAUCGUGACUCUCAUAGAUGAGAAACCGAGCAAUGACUCAGCGCAGGCGCCCGACACGGAGGUAGUAACACGAGACGAGGCUGCAGAGGCUUAUGCUUCCGUUGGAGGAUUAAAUAAGCAGAUUGCUCAAAUCCGUGACCUUAUCGAGAUACCUCUGACUCGACCUGAACUAUUUUACCGUUUUGGACUGAAACCACCACGAGGCAUACUUCUUCACGGUCCACCGGGAACUGGGAAGACUCACCUUGCACGUGCGAUAGCCGCAUCCACAAACUCUUCAGUUCUUAUUGUCAAUGGUCCCGAACUGUCUUCUGCAUAUCACGGCGAGACGGAAUCAAAGCUUCGCGAUGUGUUUUCAGAAGCACGAGCUCGAAGUCCGUGUAUUGUCGUCCUGGAUGAGGUUGAUGCUUUAUGUCCUCGUAGGGAAGAAGGUCCCGGAGGAGAAGUGGAGAAGCGUGUUGUGGCUCAAAUGUUGACGAUCCUUGACGGCGUGGAAGAUGAGGCAGACACUGAUGGGAAAAAUAGAGUUGUUGUGGUCGCUACCUCCAACCGUCCAAACGCCAUUGAUCCUGCCCUGAGACGACCGGGUCGAUUUGACAGAGAAAUCGAGAUUGGUAUUCCUGAUGCCGAAGCGCGUUACGAUAUACUGAGUGUUCUCUUGCGCAAGACUCCACACUCAUUGACACCGAAAGAAAUUCAAAACGUGGCUGCACGCGCCCAUGGUUAUGUUGGCGCAGAUUUGAGUGCGGUUGUUCGCGAAGCAGGAACUGCAGCAAUCAAACGUUGGCUCGGGUCCCAACCGGCAUCGUCUAGGCCUGAAGAGAAAGCCACUCUCGAUACCGAGCCGCAGGUCCACCUCAACGACCUUCUAAUGUCUCUGACCAACGUGAGGCCAUCUGGUCUGCGUUCUGUUUUCCUUGACACUGUUCCUGUCCGCUUUUCGGACGUCGGUGGACAGGCGGAAACGAUUCAGAAGCUUCGAGAAUGUGUCGAAUGGCCGUUGCUACAUCCGGAUGCCUUCGAAAGGCUUGGCGUACGACCACCUAAAGGUGUUCUUUUGUAUGGGCCUCCGGGAUGUAGUAAGACACUGCUGGUACGCGCUUGUGCUACUGAAAGCGGGGUGAACUUUGUGGCAGUCAAGGGAUCGGAGCUCCUGAACAAAUAUGUGGGCGAGUCUGAAAAGGCUGUACGAGAUAUCUUUAGGAAGGCUCGAGGGGCUGCGCCAUCUAUUAUCUUCUUCGAUGAGAUUGAUGCUCUCGGAUCGUCUCGAUCAGAUGCGGAUAGCGGUGGAGGCUCGCAUGAAGGUGUAUUGACCAGUCUUUUGAAUGAGAUGGACGGUGUCGAAGAACUAGUAGGAGUCACUGUAGUCGCAGCCACGAAUCGUCCAGACGUCAUUGACCCUGCCUUGAUACGACCUGGUCGGCUUGACCGCAUUCUCUAUGUCGGACUACCUGAUCAAUCAGGCCGAGAAGACAUCAUUCGGAUUUGCACUAGGAAGAUGAGUGUAGAGCCUGGUCUCGACAUUCCUUACCUUGCCCAAUUGAUGGAUGGAUGUUCUGGUGCUGAGAUCAAGGCAUUGUGCCAAGAAGCUGCUUUGCUGACUAUGAAGCAAGAUAUCAACUCACCAUUUGUUGCAAAUAAUACAUUUUUGGCUGCUACUAGGCUAGUGAACAGACAAAUCACACCUUCUAUAAUUGAGAAAUACAAAAAUUGGAGCAGCCAGUUUGGUGUGUGUAGCUAAUGCUUAGAUUAGUGAAUAGAAUUUAUCCUCUAGUUAUUCAUACAUGUGUAUGUAUAUAAGAAUAUAUAGAAAGAAACAGGCUUAAAAAGUGACUAUAAUACAAGAAAUUAUUUAACCAGCC